GCACUGAAUGACUGAGUGACUUCCUCCACCCCUCCCCUUGUUUAGGACUGUUGCUAGUAUUGCUCCUUCUCUCUCCUCUUCUUCCUCCGAGCACAUUGCCACCAGGAGGCAAGGCACUGCCCCCCCUUUAAAUGCAUCCUUUUCCCCUCCUCCUCGGCUGAUCCAUCCACCAUUUUCCAAAAAGGAGCUCUGCAAUCCCACCUGGAGGAGGAUUUGUUUGUUUUUUUUUUUUUCCCCCCCUCAUGUGGAUCGUUGCUAAAAAUCUAUGCUGAGGAGAGAGGAGCAGGAGGGGGGGGUUCCAGACUUGCUAAAGCAGAAGGCACCGAGGGGGGAGUGCCAGUGGGAUCCCCCCUCCCUUGCUGAGAGACAUGGCUGCAAACAUGUACAGGGUUGGAGAUUAUGUCUACUUUGAGAAUUCCUCCAGUAACCCAUACUUAAUACGACGUAUAGAAGAGCUUAACAAGACGGCAAAUGGAAACGUGGAAGCAAAGGUUGUAUGUUUCUACAGAAGACGUGAUAUCUCAAGUACCCUUAUUUCUCUGGCAGAUAAACAUGCUAGGGAAAUGGAAGAAGAAAUGGAAAACCCAGAAAUGGUUGAUUUACCAGAGAAAUUGAAACACCAACUGAGGCACAGAGAAUUGUUUCUUUCACGGCAGCUUGAAUCUUUACCUGCCACACAUAUAAGAGGCAAAUGCAGUGUAACUCUAUUAAACGAGACAGAAUCCCUUAAAUCCUAUUUGGAACGAGAGGAUUUCUUUUUCUAUUCUUUAGUUUAUGAUCCACAGCAGAAGACUCUCUUGGCAGACAAGGGAGAAAUUCGAGUGGGCAACAGAUACCAAGCAGAUAUAACAGACUUAUUGGAGGAGGGUGCAGAAGAUGGAAGAGACCAAGCAAACCUUGAAACUAAAGUCUGGGAGGCAAGCAAUCCUCUCACCGAUAAACAAAUAGAUCAGUUUUUGGUGGUAGCACGGUCUGUAGGUACAUUUGCCCGUGCGUUGGACUGCAGUAGUUCUGUCAGGCAGCCUAGUCUACACAUGAGCGCGGCUGCCGCCUCUAGAGACAUCACGCUGUUUCAUGCCAUGGACACAUUGCACAAAAAUACCUACGAUAUAUCUAAAGCCAUUUCUGCACUGGUUCCCCAAGGAGGUCCCGUCCUCUGCAGAGAUGAGAUGGAGGAAUGGUCUGCCUCUGAGGCCAACCUUUUUGAGGAAGCCCUAGAAAAAUACGGCAAGGACUUCACAGAUAUACAACAGGACUUUUUACCAUGGAAGUCUUUGACCAGUAUAAUAGAAUAUUACUACAUGUGGAAGACAACAGACAGAUAUGUACAACAGAAACGAUUGAAAGCAGCUGAAGCAGAGAGCAAACUAAAACAAGUGUAUAUACCGAACUACAAUAAACCAAACCCAAAUCAGAUCAAUGUGAAUAACGUCAAGCCUGCAGUAGUAAAUGGUACAGCAGUACAGGGGCAAAACGUGGCUGUAGGAAGGGCAUGUGAAAGGGCAUGUGAAAGCUGCUACACCACGCAGUCGUACCAGUGGUAUUCCUGGGGACCUCCAAACAUGCAGUGCCGCCUUUGUGCAUCAUGUUGGGCAUACUGGAAGAAGUAUGGUGGUUUAAAGAUGCCAACACGACUGGAUGGGGAGAGGCCGGGGCCAAACCGUAAUAACAUGAGCCCACAUGGUCUUCCAAUGAGAAAUAGUGGAAGCCCGAAAUUUGCAAUGAAGACACGGCAAGCAUUUUACCUGCACACUACAAAGCUGACCAAGAUAGCAAGGCGGCUGUGUCGAGACAUCUUUCGGCCAAGAUAUGCAGCAAGACACCCAUAUAUGCCUAUUAACAGCGCUGCCAUCAAAGCAGAAUGCACAACAAGGCUUCCCGAAGCAUCGAAGACCCCGCUUAUAUUAAAACAGGUUGUCCGAAAACCCUUAGAAGAAGUGAUGCGAUAUAUAGAGGCACACCCCUGCCCUCCUAAACAAGACCUAAUCAAAAACAUUUCUACAAGUAUCAACAACAGCUUGACCCCUACCAAAUCCUCUCCUGUUAUUAACAAUGGAUCACCAACCAUCCUGGGAAAACGCAGCUAUGAGCAGCAUAAUGGUAUGGAUGGCAACGUGAAGAAACGCCUGUUGAUGCCUAGCAGGGGAACGUAUUUUGGUAUUCCUAACCACGGACAAACCAGACAAAUGGGACCAAAUCGAAACUUACUGCUCAAUGGGAAAUCCUACCCAGCAAAGGUUCGGUUAAUCAGAGGUGGUUGCAUGCCUCCGGUGAAGAGGAGGAGGAUGAACUGGAUUGAUGCUCCAGAUGAUGUUUUUUACAUGGCUACCGAAGAGACUCGGAAAGUGCGCAAGCUCCUCUCAUCUUCUGAAACCAAGCGAGCAGCCCGACGCCCUUAUAGACACAUUGUCAUCCGACAAGCUCAGGUGGGACAACUCAUGCGGCAGCCUGUUAAUGAUGAACCCAUUGUCAUCGAGGACUGAGAGGCCGAUUUCCAUGCUGAGCUUGGCACUGUCGGAACUGUUCUUCGGGAGCCACUCCUUAAAGACCCUACUUGACUCAAUGCAGUGUUGACCUUUUCAAGGUGAUAAGCAGAACUCAUGAAGAUUUGUGUAUCUUUUAAAAAGAAUUCUGUGCUUGGAUGAAGCAUUGGAAACGAAAGACUCAAUACCCUUUUUGGUUUAUCUUCUGUUUACCUAUUAUUUCCCGUGUAUACCAGUAGAAUUUCAUUUCCUUUUGGUGGGUUCAUGUCCGUAUGUUGUGAGCCGAUGGAAAAAUUAAGUUGCGUUUAACUUAUUUAAGGGACGCGGAGCAGGUUUUGUGCAAUUGCAAAUCGGAUUCUCAGACUUUGUAUACUUGGAACAAGCUGUCACUGCUAAUGCGUUUCCUUUUUAAAAGGCAUGCUGAAUAUUAUUUCCUUUUUUUUUUUAAGGUGCCAUUUUUUUGUGUUUUGUUUCAUAGUUUUGUAGGCUGAAUGAAUACGAAACUGUAUUACUGUGGAAUAUAAUGAGCGGCAAAGCCAACAGCAGGAUCCAGAGUCCCACUCUCUUUUGCAAGAAUACCUACAGAUAUUAUUUCUUUUUUUUUUCCUUGCAUGUGAUGAAAGGGGUGGAGUCGGUUAUUUUGGCCCGUUGUAUGAGGACAGUGGCAUAAGAACUGAAACCCUUUCCACACAUACAAAGCAAUGCUUUGGAGCUAAAGGUUCAGUUGGGAAAUUAAAAUCACUCAAGGGGCUCCCAGGUUCCAGUCAGUGGCUUCGUCCCUGUGUCUUUGUAUCUGAUUGGAAGUAUUUUUCUAUGUGAGUUGAUACAGUGACUUUAUCAAUUGUAAAUCUCACUUAUUUUCGAGGUAACGGAACCGGCCAUGACAUGCAUUAGCUGCCACAUCUCAUGUUCUUUCUUGAUGUCUCUCUCUGUCCUGAUAUCAUUUUCUAUACAGAAGAUAUAUCCGUUAUCAUUAUUUCCUUUACUCCAAGCAGUUGUAACCAAAGUUGAUGCUGUAAUGUUUGUAUAUACCAUGGGGCAAGUUUAAACAUCAACAACAUACAAAGUGGAAGAAGCUGUUUAUUAUACAAUUGGUUGGUUGGUGAUUCAUACCGAGGCAGAAACCGAUUUUGAAAGUUACUGGAUACUACAGAGCUCAGUUUGCGACAUUGUUCUUAAAGGGAGGUACACCAGAAAACGAUAAUGCCCAAAGUGCAUUUACCCGUGACGUUUACUUUGCAGUUUUGAAUAUUCACAUGUUUUGAUGCUGUAAUGUUUUAUAUAUAAAAAAAUCUGUUUUAGUCACUAUUCAGAGACUUUUGGAAUAAGGUUAUAAGUUCGUUGUAUACAAGAACUCAAGACUGAGUGGCCCUUUGUUUAGCUAACUGAUAAGCUGGAGAAAAUAAGGAUUUUGACAAUAGGCAAAUUGCUAGUUUUCUUGACGUUGUCUAACUAAUGGAGAGUUCAGUGCAGUCCCUCUCUGAUUCCCCCAUGUGACAGCUGUCAGCAGAGUGUCACUUCCUCCCCUCUCAUAAGCAUAGCAUGAAUUUGAUUGGCUAGUAAUACAGUUCAUUCUAUGCAGAUAGUGAAGGAAGGGAUAGGGCAUGCGCAGUACUGGAACUGCUCCAUCUCCUUCCUGCUACAUGUGCCAAACACUGCAAGUUGUAAAGACAUGGUGACCCCUUCCUUCUCUGAGGCAGUACAGGACCCAACAUUGUGUAAGUGCUGACUUCUUUAGAAAAGGAAGCUAGCCAUAGGGACGACAUGUUGACAAAAAGGUGGACAUCCUCUAAAGGAGAUAUUUAGUGUCAUAACUUCACCCCGUGGAAAUCAGGGGCAUUUGUUUCUGGGCAAGGCCAGUCAUGUAAAUGUGUUGCAUCUCCGUUCAAUUAUCAUCAUGUCAACCCCAACUUUCCCCACUUCCCGUUACCCAUUUGAUGGCAAAAAAUAAAUCAUCAUUAUGACUAUUUCAAAUAUAGGGCAGCGGAUAUUAUGAAAGGGAAGAAGAUUUAAUGUUGAUAGCUUUAACUUAGAGGUAGAUAAAUAUCUCUACAUCGUGGCUGCUUGGUAAUCAUGCCUAUUUCUAUCUAGAAAGGGGGUGGCAGUUGGUAGAUUGCUUGAUCCUUCCGGGGGCUGUUUUUACACACUGCCGCUACAUUUAUGUGGCAUUUAUUUGUUGUUUUAUUUAAAUCUGGUCUACAAAUUUGCCCUUUUUUUCAAAAGUACCUGAGUAUUUUCCCCAGAGAAAAAUGUAAUACAUUUCUCAUGUACCAGAUGUGUUUUGGAUGCCAGUUGCUUGCUUUUUUGGAAACCUCCAGUUGGUUGUGUCUAUAACGAUUGCUCUUGGUCUUCAUGUGCCGACAUAGAGACAAUUAUUGGAAUUCUGGUGGGAAAGGUUGAUAUGUAAUAGGAUGCAGCUUACCAAUUGGAAAGCAUUGAUAGUGGUGGAACCAAGUUAUGCCAUUCUGAGCUCUACAGUUCCUAUUCCAAGUUGUUUUAUUUCAUGUACAUAUGGCAGUGUCUUUAUUUCAGAUACAUACAGUAUGUGCCUACCUGAAAAUUGCCGUUUCUUCUACUAUGGAACGUUAUCACCAGCAUGUGGGAUGUCAGUAUUGAGUAUUGUUAGCUCCGAAAUGUGUUGUACUCAGCAUAUGGGACAAUAAGUGCUGAACUGUGCAUUGUUAAGAAGUUUCAGCUUUCACCCCUUCUAGCAGGAAUAAAUAGCAGCAAAAAAUGGAUUUAUGGAUUCCAGUCCUGUGGAAUUCAGUGCUUCAAUGCUCAUACAUCGAUGAGUCUACCUUAUACGUAAGGUAUUGGGGAAAGGCUACCUCAGCUGUAUUCUGUAAUCUACAUUUCUCAACUAAAGUCAUAAUACAGAGUAAACUGUAACAGAAUCAGGUCACUAUCUUUACAUAAAUUUAAAAUGUGCCCAUACUCAGCAUAUUUUGGAUAUUGUUUGUUCUGUUGAAAGGGAUAAAGGAAAUCCUUAACCCUUUCUAACGACUAAUAUGGCAGAAAUUUAGAAAAUCAUGUCAAGGCUAUUGCAAUGCUCAGGCCCGGACUGGCAAUCUGUGGGUUCUGGCAAAUGCCAGAGGGGCUGCUGUAAGGUGCCAUAGACACUCACUGUUUGGGCCUCUGUGUCAUUAAAAUGCCAGGGACUAUUUUGAUUAUCAGUCUGGACUUCGGCUCAACAAGAGAACAUGUAAAUGUCCUACAUGCAUUUACACUUAAGCAUUUACCUAAUUCACAGUAAUUUAAUAUGGCCUCAUAAUUAUUCAUGUAUUAUAGGAGUCUAUAGGGCACAAAAGAUUGCUUAAUACAAUAAAUCAGAAUACAAACUCACUGCAUUAAAAACCUUGACUUCUAGUUAAAAAAGUAAAUUUUUUACCUGUGCAUUUUUGAAAGGCUUCCAAAUAGGUUUCAUAUUUGGUGUUAAUGGCCCUUUAAAGAUCAUUUUUGUUUUAUUUGAUGCCAGAGGGGACGAUUACAGUGGGAUUUUAGGGGAAAGUGUUUCUGCAGAAAGAAUUGGUUGAAGGUGAGAUCUGUAUAUUACAGUGUCAUAGGUAUUUAACAUUAGUAUUGAAUAUUAGCAGUUGCAGUCCAUCUGUCUGCCCUACAGUGUUUCCAUAAUGUCAGAUGGGUGAGUGUCAGGGGAGACUUUUUGUGGAUACUUAUAUAUGUCACUUUGGAAAGCGUGAGUCCCUAUGGCCAGAUCGGAACAUGGACCACAAAGGCACCCACUGCACUACAUUACUUGUAGCCAAUCACCAUUCAUCUCGGUGCUAAUGAUGUAAUGUCAUGGUGGCCUCCCCCUGGCAGCAUUUGAAGAUGGUACCACUAUAGUUUGCUGCUACAUCAUAUGAAGCCACACUGAGUAACCUAGUUAAACUACUAACUUAGUUAUAGGGGCAGGACUGAGGAUUAACAGGGCCAUUUUCUGUGGCUUAUCCAUAGACGAUGUUGUCUGAAAUUAUGCUAAGUUUACCAAAAGCAUUAAAGUACAAUUAAACACAAUUAAAAUGGCUGUAGGUCUAUUUAAGUAACGACUCAAUAUCAAUUUGAUCAGUAUCUCUAUAGUUUUCCUCUAUCACUAUCUAAAGAGAACAAGAAGCUUUAUUCAGUAGGAACUGCUAUUCCUAUUACAGAAAUAGUUCUGGACUCCCCUAGGCCAGUUCUGCGUUGCUAAUGUUUCUGAAUUCAUUGGAAGCCUCCCAUUGCCAGAUCGUAGCUACGUGUCGCGCUGAGUGGCUGGGUUCCACGCGAGGAGUGGGGUUGACUUCCCCCCAUUGCUGUUCCUUUUUCCUUUUCAUGCAAUUGAAAGACUGAAACACAAUUGUGUCUAAAGAGAUUGUCUUUAGUUUCCUUGUAAACCUCUUGUGUUAAGAAAUCCAAUUAUUUUACAUCUCAUACUUAUUGCGUAUUUGAAAGUAAGUACUGUUUUAUUUUUCUUUUAUAAAUGUAUCUGUAUAUAUGUCUCUUUUGAAAGGGUUCAUUUAAAAAAUGUCCCGACUUUUGACAGGAUGUAAAGAAAAAAAAAAAAAAGCUACUUGUUCAUGUCACUGACAAAGCAUGUAAUAAAAAAAACCUAAUGAAAACCAGUUGGAAUGCUGAUAUUGAGGUUGCUUUUAAUGGUUUUACUGGUUUCCCAUAAUGGCAGACCUGUUAUAAAAGUGUAUUAUUCUGUUUUGUCUUUUUUGGGGAAACCACGUUUCAUACGUUACUUAUUUUCUAAUUCAUUCGAUUUUGACUUUUCCAUUUAAAAUAAACGCUGCCGUUGUAUUUUGUAAGCUUUAACUUCAUCUUGUCUUUGCUACGGUGCUUACGGUGCAACUGUUUACCCCAGUUGGAGUUUUGCGCUCAUCCAGAAAUGGUGGCGGUCAUUUUAUGCUCGUAAAUCCUGCAUGGAAACGUUCGCCUGUGGCCAUCAAAAUAAAGAAAAUCUAUUGACUUUU